AAGUGCUUCACUUUCCGUUUUGAUCUGUUUCUUUUGUUGCAUAAAUAAAUUAGUGUUUUUUGUUCCAACGGAGAUCGCGUUUUGCUCAAAGAUUUGGGUUUUUUAAUUUGACAUCCGGUGGGACUUGGGUUCUCCUCGCACUUUCUUCGGACAAAUCGCCGCCACAGCUGACUCUAACCCCGCGGCUGCUAUCCGUUGCGCUGGUCUAUUCUCCGUCGCCGGCGACCCGCACUCGCUCGCCAUUCGCAUCCGCCUGAAUUGCAUUUUAGCACUUUCAUUAUUGAGCUUGAAAUCCAAACUUGCAUACCAACUCAAUAUUCUGAUAAAGAAGAGAGAAAAUGCAUGGGAGACCGCGGAUAGCCCCAACAAAAGAAGAGCAAGAAGCUUCAUCUCUCAGAGCGGCCAAACUUCGGGAUCUCCAGUCUCAAGUUCUUAACUUUCACCACAACAAAAUAUAUACGAAAGAAGCAGUAGAAAUCAGUGCCAAGCUGUUAGAAUCAAAUCCUGAGCAUUAUACUGGUUGGAACUACCGGAAGCUCGCUGUACAAUACCUUCUUGAUCAGCAGUCAGAGAAUGGGGUGGAUUCCAAUUCAAUCCAAUCAAUUCUAGAUGAAGAAUUGAGAAUUGUAGAGAAUGCAUUAAAGAAGAAUUUUAAGUCUUAUGGUGCGUGGCAUCACCGCAAAUGGGUCCUAAGCAAGGGUCAUUCCUCCACAGACAGGGAAUUACGGCUUCUGGGCAAGUUCCAGAAGUUGGACGCACGGAAUUUCCAUGCAUGGAACUACAGGAGGUUCAUAGCAGGAUUAAGGAAGAUUCCGGAUGAAGAAGAACUUCAAUACACGACGGAUAUGAUAUAUGAUAAUUUUAGUAAUUAUUCUGCCUGGCAUAACAGAAGUGUGAUUUUGUCUAUUCUCCUGGGGAAAAGAGAAAAAGGAUAUCAUGAUAAAGAGAGAGUUUUUGGAGAGGAGUACGAGUUUGUACGCAAUGCUCUCUUCACGGACCCUGAUGAUCAAAGUGGUUGGUUUUAUCAUUUAUGGCUUCUGGAUCAGACAUUGAAGCGGGAGCCUGUUUUGCUUUCUUCUUGGCCUCCACAUGGAUCUAAUCUGUGUUUAUCAGUUGAUGGCUCCUUAAAUGACCGACAAACAUUACCUGUACCACAUUUCCAGUCUAAAGCUAGAACAUUUCCUCUCAUUUUAUAUUUUAGCGAAGGUGUUGAAGGUGUGAGCUCCUCUACAGUAACUGUUGAAUCUAAAUGUCAUGCUGGUGAUGAUUUUACUUGGAUGCCACUUUCAGCAAAUAAAUUUGGGUUUUCCCAAGCCUGGUUGACUUACCUUAAGUUUCCUAAUGAAGUGCAUUCCUUGGAGGCUUGCCCUGUAAAGGUUACUGUUGCACAUGCUGCCGGUAUUACUUCGUCAAGUGGUAUGCCCUGUAGUCAGUCGUGUCAUAUAUCUUUCACGGUAAUUGUACCUUCUGAUGAUCGACAACAUUCUGAGUUGCAAACCACUCAUAGAAUAUCAUGGAAAGAGGAAAACAUUAGAAGUUGCACUACACAAUCUCUGGAGGCAGACAUACUUCGCUCGCUUUGUGAACUGGAAAUCACAAAGGAGAACAAGCCAACCACUCCUAAGUGGAGUAUGGAGACUAUAUCCAAUGAAAUAGCUCACUGCCAGGAACUUCUGUCAACUACAAACUGUAAAAUUGGAAAACUUACUCUUGCAAGACUCUUGAUGGCACGUAACGCACUGAUCUCAUACGGCAACCCACAUUUUGGCACUGAGGCAAAUUAUGAAGAUGUUCUUGCACUUUAUCGUGAUUUAAUGAAGAUGGACCCUGCUCAUAUUUGUUACUAUGAGGAUGAGUACAGCUUAGUUUUGUUGAAGCAGUUGACUUCAAAUGUAGGAUCUUUAAUGAAGCACUGUUAUCAAUACCAAGAGUCUUCUUCACCAAGUAUGAAUCCUUAUUUAUGUGUACGAUUAAAUGGUCUCUCGUUAUCACGACUUGGGAGUAUGGAGCAGCUACUGUGGGUUCAAAUGUUAGAUCUCAGCCACAACAAACUCCGUACAAUUGAAGGGUUGGAGGCUCUGCAACUGCUCUCCUGCUUGAAGCUUAACAACAACAGACUCUGCAGUUUUACAGCUUUGGAGCCCUUAAAAACCCUAAAGUCUUUAGAAGCAUUAGACAUAUCGUACAAUGAGAUUGGUGCUCAUUCCAUCGACACAAGAAGGUAUUUGUGUUCAUCUCCUCUGACUCAUGCAGUUGGAAAUGACUGGAAUUUCAAGAAAUUCACCGAUGAAGAUGUCAAGUUGAAGGAUCACUGGGACGCAUAUCUACUUUUCAAGGACUUAAAUUUGAGACAAUUAGAGAUCACAGGGAAUGCAGUCGUCAAUGACCGGUUGAAAGCAUUUCUAUGCAAGUUAAUGCCAUCGUUGAAGAGGCUCAAUGGUGAAAAGUGUUGUUAGGUUCAUUAUGCCGUCUUCACUUGUACAAGUUUCCAAGCACCUGAAAUUCUGGAAAUGCCCAUGCUCUAUAAUGCUGGAUUAUCCUGAUGAACUAGCACAGUACUAUACACAUUCUUGAGAUGCUGUUUGGCAUUACUUGUACGAGUUUGUUCUUUACUUCUAACCGAAGUUUCCAGGUUUCCAACUUUUCAAUGUGACGAACGAGGAACAAAACUGCAAGUAAUUGACCUUUGUGUCAAAUGAAUUCGAAGUCAGGAUUCUUAACUCUAAUGAAUGAAUGAAUUGAUGGAUUCAUCGAA